AUGGUGAGCCCAGCGAUGCUGAAGGGUAUGAACACGGAGAUUUACGGGGAAGGGCAUCCUUUCGGAGACCCUUCCUGGUACCAGGCCUACAACACGCCCUACUACAACGACUCGCACAAGAAGUUCCGCAAGAUCAUGCGGGAGUACGUGGACGAGCACAUCAUGAGCAACGUGCACGACUGGGAUGAGAAGGGCGUGAUCCCCAAGGAGAUGUACCUGGAGGCCGGCAAGCAGGGAACCCUGGGCCUGUGCAUUGGCCGGCCAUGGCCUGAGAAGUAUUUCGGCCCGUCCCCUUGGGGCUUUGAGCCGGACUACUUCCAUGAGCUCAUCAUGUACGACGAGAUGUCCCGCACGGGCUCCGUUGGCUUCCAGUGGGGCAUCGCAGGCGGCACCACCCUCGGACUGCCGCCGGUGUACCACCACGGCAGCGAAGAGUUGAAGCAGCGGGUGAUGCCAGCCUGCGUCAAGGGAGAGAAGGUGUGCUGCCUGGCCAUCACGGAGCCAACCGCAGGUAGCGACGUGGCCAACCUCAAGUGCACAGCCAAGCUGGAGGGUGAUCACUACAUCCUGAACGGCGAGAAGAAGUGGAUUACGAACGGCAUCUUCGCCGACUACUUCACCGUGGCAUGCCGCACGGGCAAGCCAGGGGUGGGCGGCAUCAGCUUGUUGCUGGUGGAGAAGGGCGUGCCGGGACUGGAGGGCAAGGGAUUCCAGUACAUGAUGCAGAACUUCAACCACGAGUCGCUGAAGUUUGCCGGCAAGCGCAAGACGUUUGGGAAGACGCUCAUUCAGCACCCCGUGAUUCGCUUCAAGGUGGCUGAGAUGGCGCGCCAAGUGGAGGCCACUCACAACUGGCUGGAGUGGAUCACCUACCAGCUGAACACCAUGCCCAAGCUCGAGGCCAUGCUGAAGCUGGGUGGGCACACGGCCCUGUGCAAGGUCCAGUGCACCAAGGCUGGGGGAAAGGGCGAUUGGUGGCUCCGUGUGGAGCUGUGCUGCGUGCUGGGGGUUGGGGUGCGGAGCGUGGAGGUCAUGGAGUACUGCGCCCGCGAGGCCGCUCAGAUCUUCGGCGGGCUGUCCUACUCCCGUGGCGGCCAGGGCGAGAAGGUGGAACGAUUGAACCGAGAGGUCCGCGCCAUGGCCAUUCCAGGUGGCUCUGAGGAGAUCAUGCUGGACUUGGGCGUGAAGCAGUCCACCAAGUUGGCCCAGAUGGCCAAGAUGUUUGCUGAGGCGGCGCCCCAGCCACAGGCAGCCAAGCUGUAA